UUGGGUUUUAAUAUUAUAAUUUAUAAAUAAAAGACUACCAGUAGCGAGGCGAGCCACAAAUUUUUCGCCCGACGAGCGCCAACAGGAGACAUAGGCAGCGACUUUGCGCGGCUGUACGAGGCAGAGCACCAUGAACGGAAGCGUUUCAGAUCCAGCUGACUUCCAGGCGGCCACAGCAGCCGCCGCCGCGGCUGCACGUGCCAGCAGCUCCGAGAAGGACGAAUGGAGCGUGGGCGAGUGCGGUUUCCUCGAUCCGGAGGUGCAGCGCGCCUUGCAGGGCGGCGGUGCCGCCGAGGACAUCACACAGUACCCAAUUCACGGUUGGGUGGAUGUCACCAAGGAGUUUCACGACGCCUGCACCGAACUACUGCCUGGGGAGCUGGCCCAGGAUAUGCUAUUCGGGUUAUUCGAGGCCAUGUCGGCGAUUGAGAUAAUGGACCCAAAGAUGGACGUGGGCAUGGGCUUCGAUAAGCAGGACCUGCCGCCGCCCUCCUUUGAGGCUGCCAUUGCAACGGGCGCCAUCAAGCUGGAAGAUCUCACGCCAGCCGAACUGAUCGGUACCUUCGAUGCUCUCUUCUCCUGCAUUGUCUCCUGGCUGGAGGGUAACUCCAUAGACCAGGUGCUCUUCACCUGCCUUUAUCUGCACGCUCCCUCCCAGAUCAAGGACCGGGCACUGCGCGUCUUCUGCACGGCCGUGCGCAAUCUCAUCGUGGUGAUUAAGAAUAUUAUUUCCGCGGCCGCCGUCAACGAGGAGGAGGAUUUUCAGUUGUAUGGAAACUCUGCCUUGCUGGCCGCUGAGAAGGCCCAACCCGCCGGUGUAUAUAGUGCCCUCAAGGAUGUCGAAGACGAGUUGGUGCGUAGGUGCAAGAAGCUAACGGCCACAGAGGAUUGGAUGGCUGUGGUAAACAGGCUGCGCUUUAUGCGUAACCUCUUCCAGGUUAUUUACCAAGUAGAGCAGAUGGCAAACGCCGACACAACGGACGAGUCUAUCAAUGAGAUCCACAAGAACCUUAAAGUGGCCAUGGAAUUGCUGCCGCUCAUCAGGAAGACCAUGGAUCGAGGCAUCCAGCCGGAGAAAGGCUCGGAGGCGCCCAAUCCCAUGGGCUUCUCGCCACGCAUUCACGAUCGCAGCCAGCCGCCCGCAUUUCCGCGCAGCAUUAAGAUCAGAGAUCGUCCGGCCAGCUAUCAGUUCCUGGAGGAGAUGAUCUCGCGCUUUAAGUACGCCUGCAAAGUCGUCAAGCACAAGGACUACUACUCGGCUCUGAACUUUUUCAUCGAGUACAGUAAAAAGUCGGGGCAAUGCAUCCUCUCCAGAAGCGUUCUACAGAGCCUGUUUAGCUCUAACAUUCGGAUGGUGCAUGGCAAGCUACCCAUGAAGCAGUUCCUGCGACACUCCGUGCAGAUCUUCAACUCGCCGCCCGUGCUAAAUGCCAAGCAUCCGGUGGCCGCCGAUCCCAAGGUGCAGCAGCACCUAGAGAACUUCUUCCGUUAUUGCAUCAACAUGAACACGUUCACCCAGUUUAUCCGCAUCUGCGGUUUUAAUCGCGCCCGGCAGCGGGACAAGCUAGCGCGUCUGAUUGAGAACUUCGACACCAUUCAGGUGGAUGCGGCGCGUCUGGACUCGCUGAUGAACCAGCUGGCUAACGAGCGCGCCAUGGAGGGCAACGAGUCGAUGGCCACCGCACUGAAGCAUAGCACCCAUUUCUCCACCUGGGUGCUGUACAACUGCUUCCGUGCCAUGCUGAUCUUCCUGAUGUCCGGCUUUGAGUUGGAGUUGUAUGCUGUCCAUGAAUUCCUUUACAUAUACUGGUACCCAUACGAGUUCCUCAUUGGCUUUCUGGUGUCAGCGUUGACACGCACGGAGAACAUUCUGCUAGCCCAGGAAGAGUACGCAGAGCAUCAGAGCAGACUCCAGAGUGCCGGUGCAGGAGCGGCCAAGAAUCGCAAGGCUGCCAAGCCCAAAAAGAACAAGAAGCAACAGCGUCCGUACCGCGGAGAGAUUGUCUAUUAUCACGCCCUGCUCAGCCUCUGCGGUGGCAUGUACAAGGCCAUGGGCGCAUUGACCAAAGACGGACGCGUGCGUUUGCCCCUGUCCCAGUUCGACAACGAAGAGAUCCGCUACAAUCGCCGCUUCCUGCCCUUCGCAACGCUGACCAGCCCGCCGCCCGUUUCGUAUGGGGAAUUCAGGAACAUCAGAGAACAUAUGAUGGAGCCCAGCGUUGAAGAACUUUACACCUACGCGGGCAAGCACUUUAAUCAGGCGCGCAAUGUGCUGGAGAGCAUUCAGAAUCCCGACCAGGAGAUGUUGGAUCUCCUUCAAAUCGCUCGAACCAAUUUCGUGGUGAUGAAUGUGCUGGCACGUGGCCACCAAAAGGAAUUGAAGCGCCAACCAGAGUUUGACUUCUCCAAGCACAGCUUCUUCCCCAUCAUCAAGCUUAAGUAGACAAUGUCUUCGUGUUCGUGUUCCGCAAUUGACAAAAAUAUAAAAUUUACAUGUAUGCAUUUUAA